UGCCUAGAAGCCAGCUAACAGACCGGUCAGCCUAAACACACUCAACAAUAUGUCGGGACUGCUUACCGUUGUGAGAAGGACUCCACCGGAGACCUAAACAGGGACUCCCUCAUCAACUGCAUCAACGAGAUCGCCCUCAACACCCCGGACCAGGAGGAGAAGGUUAAGUUUGAGCCCGGGUUGAAGAGAGGAAAGGUUUAUGUACCAAAAUACAAUGAUGAGGAGUUGGCAGCUAUGGCAAAACAAGCGGAGAACGAGGAGUCAAUCAGACUGGACCCGGAGGAGGAAGCUGCCUUGUCUAUAGCUACCCUGGAUGAUAUUAUGGCUCUGGCAGAUAUUCUCAACACUAAUCCUCAAGAUUUUGUAAUGGAAGCAUAUGCUGACCCUCUUCAGUACUUUGAACCAGAUCCACCAAAUACAACUAAACCUGAGGAGAUACUUGAGAAAAUAAAGAAUAAUGAUAGUAAUACUAAGGAUGUUUGUCUGAACAACAUACAAGGAAUGAGUGAGAAGUUAAUCUGUGACAUCUUUGAAGCUAUUCGAGGAAACGAAAAUCUAACCAAGCUUUCAGCAGUCAACUGUGAUAUAAGCGACUUCGCUAUUGCAACCCUUUGCUCAUCCCUGGAACAGAACUCAACCUUGAAAUCUCUAAGUGUUGAGAACAACAGGAUAUCUCCUGAUACUAUUGCAGACCUCUUUGAUUCUAUUUCCAGUCCAAACAACGGACUUAUUGAACUUCGUGUAGCGUCCCAGGCACAGCAAGCUAUGGGAUACCGUGUAGAGUGCAGGAUAGCAGAUGCUAUCAAGAAGAACCCACGCCUCAUGAAGAUCGGGAUGUCCCUUGAGUUCAAGGAGGUUGCAGAGAGAAUUUCAAAACAUCUUAUAUCCAACAUGGACAAAAUUAGGAUCAAGAGACUCAACGAUGGUGUAGCUCCAGGGGCAGGUGUUAAAUGGACUGCUGCUAGAACCCUGGACUAGUUGGAACUACCCAGGACUGGUUGCGUCUACCCAGGACUAGUUGGGACUAUCCAGGACUAGUUGGUACUACCCUGGACUAAUUGGGACUACCCAGGACUAGUUGGAACUACCCAGGAAUAGCUGGGACUACCUUGGACUAGUUGGAACUACCCUGGACUAGUUGGAACUACCCAGGACUAGUUGGGACUACCCUGGACUAGUUGGAACUACCUUGGACUUAUUGGGACUACCCAGAACUAGUUGGGACUACCCAGGACUAGACCAGCUCAAGAGACUAUACUUCAGGACUU